AGAGGCUCGGGCGUUCCCGGGUCUUCGCCAGGUGCCUCAGAGUCGCUACGGCGCUUGACCGGCGCGGAAACAUGGUUGACUCCGCGGGACAGCGCGCCUGUCUCCGGCGCUACCCCGAGCUCCCGGUGUGGGUGGUGGAGGACCAUCAGGAGGUUCUGCCUUUUAUAUACCGGGCCAUAGGCUCAAAGCAUCUUCCUGCCAGUGAUAUAAGAUUUUUACAUUUUGACUCACAUCCAGACCUCCUUAUUCCUGUGAAUAUGCCAGCAGACACCGUUUUUGAUAAGGAAACACUCUUUGGAGAAUUAAGUAUUGAAAAUUGGAUUAUGCCAGCAGUUUACGCUGGCCAUUUUUCUCAUGUAAUAUGGCUUCAUCCCACAUGGUCUCAGCAAAUCAGAGAGGGCAAACACCACUUUUUAGUAGGCAAAGACACUUCUACCACAACAAUCAGGGUUACAAGUACAGAGUAUUACUUCCUAAGUGAUGGUCUUUAUGUACCUGAAGACCAGCUGGAAAACCAAAAACCUUUACAAUUGGAUGUAAUUAUGGUAAAGCCUUACAAACUCUGUAACAAUCAAGAAGAAAAUGACCCAGUGUCUUCUGCUAAGAAGCCAAAGCUAGCACUGGAAAAUUCAGAAAACACUGCUUCUAAUAACUGUAACUCUCAUUCAGAAGGACUGGAAAGGGACGCAGUGACACAGAGAAGUGACCAAACUUGCCUAGAACCAUCAUGUUCUUCUGAAAGUCAGGAAUGCCAGUCUACAGUCAGCACUGGAGAAAUUCUGGAAAUUUUGAAGAAAGGGGAUGCAUUUGUUUUAGAUAUUGACUUGGAUUUUUUUUCAGUCAAGAAUCCCUUUAAAGAAAUGUUUACCCAGGAGGAAUAUAAAAUCUUACAAGAGCUGUAUCAGUUUAAAAAGCCUGGCACCCACCUCACAGAGGAAGAUUUGGUAGAUAUUGUUGAUACUCGAAUUCAUCAAUUAGAGGAUUUAGAAGCUACUUUUGCUGAUUUGUGUGAUGGUGAUGAUGAAGAAACUGUACAAAGAUGGGCUUCAAACCCUGGAAUGGAAUCACUGGUUCCACUUGUACAGAGUUUGAAAAAACGAAUGGAAGUGCCAGACUAUGAAAUGGUUCACCAGGCUGGUCUAACCUGUGAUUAUUCAGAACUUCCUCAUCAUAUCAGUACAGAACAAGAAGUAGAGUAUCUUAUUCAAUCUGUGUAUUAUUUACUGAAAAGUUUACCAAAACCCACUGUUGUGACAAUUGCAAGAUCAAGUCUGGAUGAUUACUGUCCUUCUGAGCAAGUUGACACCAUUCAAGAAAAGGUCUUCAAUGUGCUACGCUCCCUCUAUGGGGCUCUGGACAUUCACCAGGUGUAUUCAGCAGAGUCUUCUCUACCUUGAAACAAACAAAACACUAGUCUCCUAUUACAUCUUGGCAUAGUAACAGGGUUUUCACUAAUUUAUUUGUAAAUGAGUCUUCCAGAGAACACUGUUUUCAUAUUAACUUUCAACUGAAAUCUUUCAGGUGUUUUGAAUCUCCAAACACCUAUCAUGAGUUUUUGAAUGAUGGCAAUUUUUUUGGCAUCAAGUCUGAUACCCCUGAUUUAUGCUUACCUUUAUGAAUAAUAAUUUAUGAAUUAUUGCUUACCUUUCUUCCUUUCUAUCAUUGCCUUUAUUUUCAUUAGGGUAUUUUUUGCCUCUUUUCCCCCUAGAUCAGUUGGACUAUAUGAGAUUCAUUUGUACAUUCAUUUAUUCAUUCAACCAACAGAUACUUAUUAAGCACUUACAUGUGCCAGACAUUAUUAAGUGCAGGGUGUAAGGUAACAAACGGAAUAGAAAAGGUCCCUGCCCUCUUGGGGGAGACAGAUAGAAAAUAAAUUAUGGAUUGUGAGAAGGUUAUGAAGAGAAAAUGUCUUAGGCAUGCUCUUAGGACUCAGGGCACCCUGGCAUUAUGGGAAAGUAACAUUCUCAAAAGCAACUACCAAAAAAAAAAACCAAAACACCAACUUGGCAGUCCAUGAAAAUAUUGCAGGAAGUCUACCUUCUCAAAGCUAUUGGGAUUGUGGCCCAGUUCUUACCAAUGCUCUCCAGGAUUGCUGGUGUUGAGAUCUGGUUAAGUCAACUUGACCCAACAAAAAUUAACUUUUUUUUUGGCUAAUCACAAAAGCCCUUCAGAGUGUUUUGUGCCUCUAGGUGGUCACUGUGGGCAUGAAUUAUGAUUACAGUCCCCAAAUACUACUUUAUUGGCAAUUUGGAUUGAUAAUUUUUUCAGGUAAACCCACUUUUUAUGUAAAUAAAAAGGUUUUAUGUUAAAUCUUUAAUUUUGACAUGCCAUGAAUACCCAAAGACAUAACUGUCUUCCAGCCGCCUCCUCAUGAGUAAGACACCCUUCCUGAGUCGCUUGUAGUCAUGGAACUUUUCGCUUUCUCAUUUGCUAGUCUUUAGCUUUUCGGUUUCCCUUUUAUUCAGUAAUCAUUUUUAUCUAUCCGCUUGAUUUCUUUUCCUUGAAAAGGUAAGACGGCAUUUAAAGGAAAAAAAAAAAAAAAAAAACAGAAAAUACCCCUCAUUCCUCAUCCUAACACAGCAGUUGUUUUCAUUUCUGCAUGUACCUUCCAGGCCAUGUCCACAUGUGUAGCUGUGGAGUUGCAUGUAGCUAAAAUUACAGUAUUACCUAAUUUUGUGGUUAAUAUUCAAGGAUGCAUUACUCAGUAGAUGGCACCAGACCCCGUUUUUCCAGUGAUUCUAUUUUCCAAUGAAUUUUUCUUGUCACUGAGUUGGUUUCCCAAGUCUGAUAGUAUGAAUGCAUAUUUGUGUUGUGAAAAGCAAAGCAAACUGACUCAGCUUUCCAUUUUGAUAGAACAGUACGUGCCAAAAAGGUCUACAUACUCUCUGCAAAAUCAGAAUUGUAAAAUUGUGGUAUUUAUUUUUAUUUUUAAAGUCUGAAAUUUUUCUGUUAGAGUUCUAUAAAUAGACAUUACCUUUAUGAAUAAAUUAUUUUGUAUGCUAAAAGAAGUUAAAAGGUGUGUUUUGAGGUUUUGAAGAUUUUAAAUCAAACUAUAGCACUAUUUAAUUGUAUGUCAUCUCUGUGUUAUUUAUGGCUUUGAUUUUAUGAGUCUGAUUUACUAGUCAUUUAGUAGCAUUCACAUGGACUCUGAUGUUAUUCAUCAUUGUUUUAACUCAGAUUAAAUAAAACAGUAUCAGUUUCCUUCAUAAGAACACUUAGAUUGCUUAGUUCUCAUGCUCUGUGAUCAACUCUUUGAAGAAUAAAAUUGAGUCCCUACUCAUUAAAUAGAACCAACUUAGGAAAUUAUGUCUCUUUCUUCCAAAUAGGAAAACA